UCCUGCUCCGGCCGCGUUGAGGACCCCGUCUCCCUCGGUUAAGGGCUCCUCGUGGCUCAGCCCCCUGUGGUGUCGAGUUGUGACCUGUAGCGACCGCAGUGUCCUAGGAAGGACUCGGGGGACCCGGGAGCCUUAGAAAUGGACUCAGUGGCCAUUGAGGAUGUGGCUGUGAACUUCACACCAGAGGAGUGGGCUUUACUGGAUCCUUCACAGAAGAGACUCCACAGAGAUGUGAUGUGGGAAACCUUCAGGCACCUGGCCUCAGUAGGAAUAACAUGGGAAGGUCAUGAUAUUGAAGAUCAGUACAAAGACCUGGGGAGAAAACUCCGAAGGCAUAUGGUAGGGAGACUCCGUGAAAGUGAAGAGGAUAGUCAGUGUGGAGAAAACAUCAGCCUUCUUGCAAAUCUCAGUCUGAGCAAGAAAAUUACAGGAGCUAAACCAUGGGGAUGCAGUGCCUGUGGAAGAGCCUUCACACAUCAUUCAUUGCUGAAAAUGCACAUUAGAUGUCACGCUGAACAUAAAACAUAUGACAGUCAAAAAUAUGAAGAGAAGCCAUAUAAAUGUAUUGAAUGUGGGAAAGCCUUCACUUAUCUCACUUUACUUCAAACGCAUGAAAGAACUCAUACUGGGGAGAAACCCUAUGAAUGUAAAAAAUGCAGUAAGGCAUUCACUACUUCCAGUUGUCUUCAAGUCCAUGAAAGAAUUCACACUGGAGAGAAACCCUUUAAAUGUAAAAUAUGUGGUAAACCCUUCACUUCUACCAUUUGUCUCUCAACACAUGGAAGAACGCACACUGGAGGGAAACCCUAUGAAUGUAAAAAAUGUGGUAAAGCAUUCAGUUCUUCCAGUUAUCUUCAAAUACAUGAGAGAACUCACACUGGAGAGAAACCCUUUAAAUGUAACAUAUGUGGUAAAGCCUUCAUUUCUACCACUAGUCUCUCAGUACAUGCAAGGAGUCACACUGGAGAGAAACCCUAUGAAUGUGAAAAAUGUGGUAAAGCAUUCGCUACUUCCGGGUCUCUUCAAAUACAUGGAAGAAUUCAUACUGGAGAGAAACCCUAUGAAUGUAAGAAAUGCAGUAAAGCAUUCACAUCCUCCAGUAAUCUUCAAAUACAUGCAAGAAUUCAUACUGGAGAGAAACCCUAUGAAUGUAAAAAAUGUGGUAAAGCCUUCAUUUCUUCCUGUUCUCUUCGAGUUCAUGAAAGAACUCACACUGGAGAGAAGCCCUUUAAAUGUAACAUAUGUGGUAAAGCCUUCAUUUCUACUGUUUGUCUCUCAAGACAUGGAAGAACUCACACUGGAGGGAAACCCUAUGAAUGUGAAAAAUGCGGUAAAGCAUUCACUUCUUCCAGUUAUGUUCGAGUACAUGGAAGAAUUCAUACUGGAGAGAAACCCUAUGAAUGUAAAAAAUGCAGUAAAGUAUUUCUUUGUUCCAGUAAUCUUCGAGUCCAUGAAAGAAGUCACACUGGAGAGAAACCCUUUGAAUGUAAAAUCUGUGGUAAAGCCUUCAGUUAUAACAGUUCUCUUUCAAGACAUGAAAGAACUCAUACAAGAGAGAAACCCUUCGAAUGUAAAACAUGCAGUAGAGUAUUCACUUUUUCCAGUUCUCUUGAAAAACAUGAAAGAACUCACAGUGGAGAGAAAGCCUCAUGAAUGGCAGGAAAGUGAGAUAGUCUUUACUUCUCAUGCAGACUUUUGAGGAUAUGCACAAAUGCACACGAGAGGAUAAACCAUGUAGACAUAAACAAUUUGGGAUAGAUUUUGUCAUCCCAGUUCUUCCUGAAGCCAUGAAAGGACUCACUUGAUAAAAAUGUCUUGAAUGUAAACAGCAUGAGAAAGACUUCAGUUGGCCUACAUCUUUCUGUGUGAAACUCCUACCAAAAAGAAAUGUAAAGGUAAGUCCUAUGAAAAAGCUUCAUGGAAUUUAAUUUGGAUGUGAGCUUCUAGAAAAGUUUCAACAGGAAAGAAUUGUUAUAAAAGUAGUAAGUAGAUUGUAUUUAUCAAACUUCUUUCUUAAAGUGCAACAUUGGACUGUGGAUUUCUAUUAAUUACUUCAGAAAUGAAUAUUGAGGUGAGAUGGGUCAUCCUUCAUAAAUAGUAAAUAAGAUUCAUAGGUAGUGCUUUUCCCUUAAAUCAGUUAAUAAUUUCUUAUCUUUACUUUUUUUAUAAUGUUUUAAUUUUUCUCUGUUAAGGGGCCAUUGAAAAGUGACAGUUUGUAUUUGUUGUGAUUUUCUUAGUGGCCUUGUAUUUACAGUUCCUGCAUGUGUCUCAUCCAUUGUACAUAUUGUACAUGUUUUAGAGAAAGCUCCUUGAUUGGGUUGGUGGGUGGAGGAGCCUGUUUUUAUUUUCUGUACUGUUAAACAGUUGGAAAAAUUAUGUAUGGCAAGUUUAUCCAGUAGUGUACUUCCUGUGAAUUAUUUUCCUAUUUGGGCCUUUGCUGUUUGUCCUUCCUUCUGACUGGCAUUUGGUGAAUAGACUUUGAAUUAAGUAGAGGCCUGUGGCAGGGCAACAAAAUCUAGUGCUGGACACAUCACCCCUGUACUGCAUCAUGUCAGUGAGGGUAAUCUGAAGAGCUAGAUCUUUAAGAAUCCAUCCCCUUUAUGUGCCGUGUUGGAAUUGCCCAAUGGCCUCACUUACAUGAGAUCUGGAAGGCAGAAGCACACAGGGCCUUAGGCAGAUUUUUGAGUGACGACACAGGGAGGGACACAGUUCCAUAUGAGCUUCAAGGACACCACCUUCCAUCCGUUUUUCUGGAUUCUUUGCCCUUCUUGUCAAGAGUAUCUUGAAAACCACCAAUAACUAGUUGAUUUCCAUUUUGUUAGAGAUGCAUUUUCCACCAGUUUCACAUCAAAGAUCCAUUCGAGUUAGGGUCUUUCUGUAAGGCCUCUUGUGUCCACCAGGAAGCUAAUUCAGACCUUUGUGGGUGGGAGUAUUGUCUGAUUCCUCUUUUCUCUAGAUGAUAAUGGAAUAAGGUCUGAUAUGUAUAGGAAACACCUUGUGCUGUUGAUAGUGCUAGUGAGCACAUUUUCCUGCUUGACCAUGGCAUCUCCAAUGGGACAUAAAAAGAAGCACCUGUGAGUUUGUUUCCCUGCUGCGUUGUGCAGUGGCUGCCUUGACCCAGUUGUUCUAUGUGAGAACAAUCACCUUGCGUGUGCUGGGAAGACUGUGUGUUUCCUGUUACUUGUAGCUUGAAUGGAUUCCCUUGAUGUGUUCUCAGUAACAUUUGACUGUAUGUCAAUAAAACUAUGUCCAUUUGUUUGUGAAAUAAACACUUCUGUAGUUUCAUUGAUAUAUUUUAUCAACUGUUCCAAUGCAUCCUAUGUUAAUAAAUAUUAUUGUGGAUUUCAUUUUUACAGACUAUAUUAAUAUCCAUUUUUGAUUAUGGAUUUUCAGAUAUACUUUGCAAGGUUCUUCAUUUAAUCAUUAUACAUUGUGAGUCAAUUUUAUCAUGUGCAGACCAAUUCAGGGAUUUCUUCCUUGGGCAAAGUGUAUUUCUUAUUCAUUUACAGUUACAAUUUUUGACAUGAAAAUAAUUUCUCAUGCAUUUUUAAGCCAAAAAUUAACCAUCAUUUUUUUUUCAGUGCCCUCUUCCAGUGACCUGCAGGAUUACACUUGCAGUCAGAGAGGGGUGUAAGGAAUUCUAGUAAGAAUGACCACAGACCUAAAGCACCUUGAGGUGUAACCGUAACGGUGCUGAAAGGACUUCUUACAAGAUUUUGACCUGUGUUUGUGUAUUUGACUGCAAUUCAAGGAGGCAGGUUAUUUUCUGUAUUUGUUGAUGUGAGGAGGUAAACGUAAUUCUACCUUUUGUAAACCUUUUUUUCGUGAACCGAAUCAUUGUUUUGUAGAACGGAAAAACAAUGUAGUGAAGGUAAGUUAAUUUUUAAGAAGUUCCAGUGAGUCAUUUUAGUAAGAAGAAGGAAAAGAAUGAUUUUUAGGAUUUGGACUUUUAUCCUUUAUCAUUUUUACCUCUAUGGUCACAAAAUACUGUUAGUUUUGUCUUGGAAACUGUACUUUUAAUGAACAAGCCGUCGGACACUUUUCUUUUCAGCAGGGUAAGACCUGGCCUUGCAGUGGAUGCAGCCAACUCAUGGUCAACUGGAACAGCUUUGCUUUUCCUACUUACACUCAACACACCACUGUAUUUCCUAUGGUGAAUUAGACCCUGUUUACUGUGAAGUACCUCAUUGAAAUACAUAAAUUCUCUCCUUGGUAUUCUACAUAAUAUUUUCACUAUGUCCUUUAGACUCAGCUGAGGCCUUUGAGUUUAGGUAACUUGUGAGACAAUGCAAACCCAGCCGGCCAAAUAGGACCGCUGUCCCACUCUGAAGCCUUUCCUUCUCUGAAACUCUGCUGUUGCUGGUACCGUUUCAGCGUCCCUCACAGGCCAUGCAGUGUGGAGUUGGUGUACACACUGUAGCAGAGCUGAGACACAGUAGGAUCUGGAUACAGAACAUGAAACAGAUGAGUCCUGGUAGUCCUGGUGCUUCUAUGUUUGUGGAAAAGCAGAAGUGGUCACAGUGAAGCUUUGUUUUAUAUAAUAGAAAUAAGGCCUUUGAAGAAAAGUAAAAAAUAGCAUUGAGCUAUUAGGCUGAGGUGUGUUUAUAUCUUUUCCAUGAGUGUAGGAGUAAGCGAGGAUGUCAUUAUUAUUGUUACCUGGGACUUGAGACCUCCUAUUGAUCUAAGCCACAGAUGUUUGUAUUGUCUUUUGUUUUUAAUGUCAUUUGAGAGGAUUUUUAUAUUACCAUUAAAUAUUUAACAUCUUAUCGUUUUUGGCAUUUUUGUUUUGCUGCUCUACAGACUGGAGUGUGCAACAUACACCCCAUUAAACCAUGGAGUUCCUCCCACUUAGAGAGACAGUAGCCUUCAUCUGCACUGUUCUGGCUCAUCCUGUGUGAAUUCUAUGAGUAGAGUGACAUCUCUGUGAGUCCACUGUGAUCUCCCCAUGGAAACAACACAAAGAGCUCUGGCUGGUUAGAGGCAACCAGCCAAGGAAUAAGUGACUGAGCUGGAGAGAGAGGGUGUCACUCUGAGUAACAUCCUAAUUGAGUGUAAGAGGAGAAAUGGGAAAUUUUCAACAACUUUUCAUCACAGGAGUGACUGGAAGUCUUUAAUUUCAAUGAUCCAGAACGCUGCGGAGCCCAGGCAGCUGAUCACAGGUUUCAUUUCCGUAUGCUUAGACGUCCAGCACAUGGUGUGGAAAAUUGCGAAACAGCAACAACAGCUUCAAGGUUUAAAACAGCGAAGGGAACAGAAUGUUUUCCUGUUUUUUUUAGUGUGAACUUAUGAAUUGGAGGGGUUUCAUUCAAAUGGACACCAUAGGAUUGUUCUUUUGAGGUGAUGGAAUUUUUUCAUCUUUUGAUGGCAGUAUUCCUAACAUUUCUGAAAACUCAUGAGAGCACUUAAGUAUAUUAUAUAUAUGUUGUAUAUGUAAUUAUUAGAAAGUGAAUAGUGUACUUGCUUUCAUAUGCUGGAAGAAUGUUAAGGUCUCCUGAA